CACAAGACAAGACACAUCCAGAACCGUCCCACUAGAAGCCACAAGAUGAAGGUCUGGCAGUGUGCGCUAUGGAUCUCCGCUCUCACAUUGCAGGCGGCUCGCUCUCAGUCUCCGGAUCGGGAAGAAUGGAUCAAAGAGGCCUUGGACCUCUACAACCAGAGGGAAGAUGGAGAGUUCUUCUUUAAAUUCCUGUCUGAUCUCCCGGCCGCCCCCCUGGAGGAGGAAAACAAUCCGACAAUCGCGUUCUUAAUAAAGGAGACGGAAUGCCUGAAAUCUGAAGAUAUCAACUUGGAGGAAUGUGACUACAAGAAGGACGGGGAGGUGAAGGUCUGUGGAUUGUACCCGGCUGAGGGGGAGACCAUGAAGACUCUGAAAUGUGUCGGCCUGACCAAGGCUAACGGCAAAGCUGAAUCCGCAGUAAAGAUCGUUAAAAAUGUAUGCAAGAAAGCACAAAGUGAUGGUAAAGACCAGUGGAAGGCCAUCUUACAAUGGAGGAACACUCCAACUGUGGGCAUGGAUAGUAGCUGUUAG